GCUCAGAUCCCCCUUAUCUUCAGUUCUUCACACACAAUUUGAACACAAAAGCAAACACCACCGUUCACAGGGCCAUUCCCAUAGGCGUCUCUGCUUCUUUGAUUCCCCUUCUAUGUUUACAAUUUGAGAUCAAAGCAAAAUCAAAUUUACCUCUUCGUGUCCCCCAUCGUUCCGAUCAUUCACUUAUUUCUCUUUAUCUUCAAAUUUACCUCUUCAUGUCCCCCUUAUCUUCAAUUCCGAUCAUUCACUUAUGGCUCUCUUCCUCCUCUUCCUUCACUACUUCAGGCAAAAUAUCUCAGUCUUGAGAUGAGAAUGCAAAAGAGGCACAGUGGAAUCAGAUCGGUGCAUGUCUAAUAGGUGUCCGGUGCGUGUCUGAUCGGUGUCCGGCUACAUCAAAUAUAUUAAAAUAUGCAGGACACGGUUAGAACGUGUCGGACACGUGUCCAAGCCUCGGAUACGCGUGUCCGUGUCGGACACUGGUACGUCGACCCUUAGAGCCGUGUCGGUGCUUCAUAGGUUACAAGUGGAGGCAGGCUUUUCUAUACUUUGCCCUUAAUACUAUUACUAUGUUUGUUUUUCCUUCUUAUUGGUUUCCAUUUCUUUUCCAUUGGACUAGUUCUUUCCAAACAGAGCCUUAAAUCUUUUGUUUUGUUUUGGUUUAACUUUGCCGUGAAUCAAUUUACGCGCAUCUCUUUAGUGAGUUUGUUUUCCCCUUUCGGUAGGGGUGGGGGUUUUCUCUGUUUUCCCCCAAAAUCGGUGCUGCGAACAUGGAUUCAUCUGGCUCUAGCAGUGGUUCAAACUCUUUUGAAGAAUCUGAUCCAUUCCCGAAGAAAGCAAAACCUCAUUGCCAUAAAUCGUAUUAUGAGGAUGAAUAGGAAAACCAGAAAUCCAGGUACUUCUCAAACGACGUUGUCUCUGAUCCCAAUAGUGACAGCGAAGGAGAAGGAGAGUGUUCUUCUGAUGAUGGGUUUAACGAUGGCCUUCACGAGAUGACCAUGAAAGAGUCCUUCGAGUACUAUACUCAUGUUGGAGCCAGCGAUGGGUUUGAUGUUCCUGAAUUUCCCAACGUCUUUGCGUUGGGUAUCAUUAUACCAUAUCUCAAGCCUGACGAAGAGUUCGAGCAUCAUGAAUCACUCAAAGAGCUUAACUGCUGUUCGAAGUUAGCAGUUGAUCAUUACGACAUGAAAAACUAUGCAAAUUACGAGUUUGUGAAGGUUGUGAAGGCAAACUCACAGGCUGUUGCUGGUGCCAUGUUUUAUAUUACCUUUGAAGCCAGGGAUAAGGAUAAGGAUGAUGCUCCUGUUGAAAUGUUUGAAGCAAAGGUGUAUUCUGGAAUUAAAGAGACGAAUAUGCGUGUCUUGACGUGCAGACCAAAAAAGGUUACUAUAAUUGACGAAGAUGUUAGGUGCAACAAAGAGGAAUAUGAGUGUGAUUCAAAUUCUUAGUUGGAGUGCUGGAAGUGAGUUUGCUGCCUUUUUCUAGACCAGUUGCUGCACCUGGACAUGUAGCAUAACUAAAUAGUAGUUUGACCCUCCUCUUAUCAAAUACUAGUUGACUUUAAUGCUAACCGGCUAUUUCUUGAGAAAAACUUAAUGGUGUCCGAAGUAGUAAUGACAUGGUAUAGAUAAUGAAGUAUUAAAGUUACAAGGACGUUUUUCUCUGGCUCUUCACAUAUCCUCUUACACAUCUGCUAGUAUCUUUUGGUGGAACUCUCAAUGUUUACACUGUAGGCAAAUACAGAGUACAUAAUCAAUGUGUUUUUAUUAUUGGAUAGGCAGCAAUUAUAUGGUUGUUGAACUUUUGCUAAUAUAUAGUUUCUUCAACUGAUGCUUUAUUUUAUAAUCCUUAAGAUAUUGUUUACAAAUAAUGUUGUUCUUUAAAAUAGAAUCUGGCUGUAGGUGAAUUUAGUAUUUUAAUGUUGGUGAAUCAUUGUAGUGAAUUGAUCAUACUACCUAGGUGACAAUGUCAUUUCUAAUGAUGUCUCUUGUUAGCAUAAAAAAUAAAAAAUAAAAAAUAAAAAAAAAAAAACAAAGAAAGAUAAAUUACGGGAUGAUGAUAUCCUUUCUUCCGCUACUCACAUCAAAGUAGUUAGUUGUAGUGAAUUGAUCAUACUGCCUAGGUGACGAUGUCAUUUCUAAUGAUGUCUCUUGAAAAAAAAAACAAAGAAAGAUAAAUUACGUGGGUGAAUUAAUCAUACUGCCUAGG